UCGCCCUCACGCUCACACUCACGCUCGUUCCCGGGUUCUCGGGCGGGGAGGGCUCGGAGGCAGUUGCGCCUGCGCUGCCCAGCCUGGUCCCCGCCCCCAGGCGCGCCGGGCUCUAACGGCACCGCCGCCAUGUGUUCGUUAGCGUUGGGCGCAGAUGGCGGCCGGGGCGCUGUGGAGGAGGAGGACCUGCCAGGACUGUCAGACAGCGGUGACGAGGCCUCCUGGGAGGAUGAGGAAGAUGCCGAUCUCCCCCACGACAAGCAGCAGACCCCCUGCCUGUUCUGUGACAGGUUAUUUACAUCUGCUGAAGAAACAUUUUCACACUGUAAGUCUGAGCAUCAAUUUAAUAUUGAUAACAUGGUUCAUAAACAUGGACUUGAAUUUUAUGGAUACAUUAAACUAAUAAAUUUUAUUAGACUUAAGAAUCCUCCAGUUGAAUAUAUGAAUUCCAUAUACAACCCAGUGCCUUGGGAGAAAGAAGAGUAUUUAAAGCCGGUAUUAGAAGAUGACCUUUUACUUCAAUUUGAUGUAGAAGAUCUUUAUGAACCCGUGUCAGUUCCAUUCUCAUACCCCAGUGGACUCAGUGAAAAUACAUCAGUUGUUGAAAAAUUGAAACACAUGGAAGCCAGGGCACUGUCUGCUGAAGCUGCGUUAGCUGGAGCACGUGAGGAUCUGCAAAGAAUGAAACAAUUUGCUCAGGAUUUUGUGAUGAACGCAGAUGUCAGAACCUGCUCUUCAUCUGCAACUGCCAUUGCAGACCUACAGGAGGAUGAGGAUGGCGUUUAUUUCAGCUCAUACGGGCAUUAUGGGAUACAUGAAGAAAUGCUAAAGGACAAAGUACGAACAGAAAGUUACCGAGAUUUUAUAUACCAAAAUCCACAUAUCUUCAAAGAUAAGGUAGUUUUGGAUGUUGGUUGUGGAACUGGAAUUCUCUCUAUGUUUGCUGCUAAAGCUGGGGCAAAGAAGGUUCUUGGAGUUGAUCAGUCUGAAAUACUUUACCAGGCAAUGCAUAUCAUAAGACUAAAUAAACUUGAAGAUACUAUUAUGCUAAUUAAAGGAAAAAUCGAAGAAGUUCGUCUUCCUGUAGAAAAAGUGGACGUUAUUAUAUCCGAGUGGAUGGGCUAUUUUCUUCUUUUUGAGUCCAUGUUAGAUUCUGUCCUUUAUGCAAAGAACAAAUACUUGGCAAAAGGAGGAUCGGUCUACCCUGAUAUUUGCACUAUCAGCCUUGUGGCAGUAAGUGAUAUGAAUAAACAUGCUGAUAGAAUUACUUUUUGGGAUGAUGUCUAUGGCUUCAACAUGUCCUGCAUGAAGAAAGCAGUUAUUCCAGAAGCUGUGGUGGAAGUUUUAGAUCCAAAGACUCUUAUUUCAGACCCCUGUAGUAUUAAGCAUAUAGAUUGCCAUACAACAUGUGUCUCAGAUUUGGAGUUUUCUUCAGAUUUCACCCUAAAAAUCACAAAGACAUCGUUGUGCACGGCUCCAGCCACUCUGCGGCAUGUGGGAUCUUCCCGGACCGGGGCACGAACCCGUGUCGCCUGCAUCAGCAGGCGGACUCUCAACCACUGCGCCACCAGGGAAGCCCUGACGUAUUGCUUUCUUAUUAAUUUGUAGUAGCUUAAUGUACAAAGGACAGUGAGCCUUUGUUACUUAUAUUGUAAAUACUCUCAGAUCUGUCAUUCAUGUUUUAAUUUUGAUACUACAAUUUAAAUUUUUCUUUAUUAAGUUUCUGCUUUGCUUAUGAUACUUAAAAAUAAACCUUCUUUAUUUCCAGAUUUUAUAAACACUUGUAUAUACUGGUGGGAUUUCAUUCUUCCUCCCUCCUACCCCUUCACCCCCUACACUGAUCUUUGUGCAUACAUGUGCAUACAUUGAAAACCCCACCAGAUGAUGUUAUAAUUUUUCCAUUAAAAAAUCAUAGGUAUCUUAAAGGAAUUCAGAGGGGAAACAUAGUGUUUUAUAUUUACCCAACGAUUUAUCGUUCUUCUCUCAUUUUUGAUGUUUCAGGUUUCCUUCCAGUAUUAUUGCCCAUCAGCCUGAAGAACUUCCUUUAAAAUGUCUUCUAAAAAGCCUGUUGGCAAUGGAUUCUCUUAAUAUUCCUUCACUUGAAAAUUCAUUUAUUUUAUCUUCAUUCCUAAAGGAUGUUUUUCCUGGAUAUAGAAUUUUGAAAGGUUUUUUUUGUUUGUUUUGUUUGUUUGUUUGUUUGUUUUGUUCCAAUAUCUUUUUCUUUUCCAUCUGGACCUCCUAUUACAUGUAUGUUAGUUCCACAGGUCCCUGAGUCUCUGGGCAUUUUAUUUCAAUCUUUUUCCCUUGUUUUUUAAAAUUAGAUAAUUUCUUUUGAUCUAACUUCACAUUCACUGACCUUGUCCUCCUCUAUCAUCUCCAUUCCGCAAUUCAGCAAUUCAGCUCAGGAAGUUUUUUGUUUCAGUUAUUGUGUUUUUCAGUUCUGAAAUUUCCAUUUGGUUCUCUUUUCAUAGUUUCUAUUUCUCUACUGAGAAUUCCUAUCUUUUGAUUCAUUUCAGUGUGUUUAUUUUACGUCAUUGCUAUUAACUUAUACCAGCAUAGUUAUUUGCUUUAAGUCUUUGUCUGAUAGUACCAGCAUCUGGAUCAUCUCAGCAUUGGCAUCUGUUGAUUGUCUUUUCUCUUGAGAGUUGGUUACAUUUUCCUGGACUUUGUAUGUUGAGUAAUAUUGGAUUGUAUCCUGGAUAUUUUGGACUCUUAGUUGGGUUAUAAUCAUCUGGGCAGUGUUGAUGUUCGUUGUUAACAGGCAGUCCAUCCAAAGUCAAGAUAUAAGUUCUGUCAGCAGUGUCUUGGCAGACAAUGGUUCAAAUCUCAUUUCCAUUCUUUAAGAGUUUGCUAUACUGUUUUGGGUCUCUCCUGCACAUACACAGUUUAGGGAUUGGUCUGAGACUUAUACAGGUUUUUCAGUUUGACAGAAUUAUAUAGUAUUUUGAUUCUCUCUUGGUAUCUAAAGUAUAAUGAACCUCAAGGUUAAAUAUUGAAUUUGGAGAGGAGUUGAGGAAGAUGGCAGAAGAGUAAGACGCGGAGAUCACGUUCCUCCCCACAGAUACAUCAGAAAUACAUCUACACGUGGAACUGCUCCUAUAGAACACCCACAACGCUGGCAGAAGACCUCAGACCUCCCAAAAGGCAAGAAACUCCCCACGUACCUGGGUAGGGCAAAAGAAAAAACAGAGACAAAGAAUAUGGACGGGACCGGCACCAAUGGGAGGGAGCUGUGAAGGAGGAAGGGUUUCCACAUACUAGAAGACCCUUCACUGUCGGAGACAGGAGGCCGGUGGGGGGGGGGAGCUUAGGAGCCGCGGAGGAGAGCGCAGCAAGAGGGGUGCGGAGGACAAAGCGGAGAGAUUCCCGCACAGAGGAUCAGUGCCGACCGGCACUCACCAGCCCGAGAGGCUUGUCUGCUCACCCGCCGGGGCGGGUGGGGGCUGGGAGCUGAGGCUCGGGCAUCGGUCGGAUCCUAGGGAGAGGACUGGGGUCGGCUGCGUGAACACAGCCUGAAGCGGGCUAGUGCGCCACAGCUACCCGGGACGACGGAGUCUGGGAAAAAGUCUGGACCUGCCGAAGAGGCAGGAGACUUUUUCUUGCCUCUUUGUUUACUGGUGCGUGAGAAGAGGGGAUUAAGAGCGCUGCUUAAAGGAGCUCCAGAAACGGCCGCGAGCCGCGGCGAUCAGCGCGGACCCCAGAGACGGGCAUGAGACGCUAAGGCUGCUGCUGCCGCCACUAAGAAGCCUGUGUGCGAGCACAAGUCACUAUCCGCACCUCCCCUCCCGGGAGCCUGUGCAGCCCGCCACGGCCAGGGUCCCGUGAGCCAGGGACAACUUCCCCAGGAGAACGUACGGCGCGCCUCAGCCUGGUGCAACGUCACGGCGGCCGCUGCCGCCACAGGCUCGCCCCGCAUCCGUACCCCUCCUUUCCCUCGGCCUGAGUGAGCCAGAUCCCCCGAAUCAGCUGCUCCUUUAACCCCGUCCUGUGUGAGCAAAGAACAGACGCCCUCAGGCGACCUACACGCAGAGGCGGGUCCAAAUGGAAAGCUGGACCCCAGGAGCUGUGCGAACAAAGAAGAGAAAGGGAAAUCUCUCCCAGCAGCCUCGGGAGCAGCGGAUUAAAUCUCCACAGUCAACUUGAUGUACCCUGCAUCUGUGGAAUACAUGAAUAGACAACGAAUCAUCCCAAAUUGAGGAGGUGGACUUUGGGAGCAACGAUAUAUAUAUUUUUUCCCCCUUUUCCUCUUUUUGUGAGUAUGUGUAUGCUUCUGUGUGAGAUUUUGGCUUUAAAGCUUUGCUUUCACCAUUUGUCCUAGGGUUCUAUCCGUCCGUUUUUUGUUUUUUACUUAAAAAAAUUUUUUUUCUUAAUAAUUAUUUUUUAUUUUAAUAACAUUAUUUUAUCUUUAUUUUAUUUUAUCCUCUUUCUUUCUUUCUUUCUUUCUUUCUUUCUUUCUUUCUUUUCUUUCUUUUCUUUCUUUCUGCUUUUUCUCCCUUUUGUUCUGAGCCAUGUGGGUGAAAGGCUCUUGGUGCUCCAGCCAGGCAUCAGGGCUUUGCCACUGAGGUGGGAGAGUCAAGUUCAGGACACUGGUCCACAAGAGACCUCCCAGCUCCAUGUAAUAUCAAACGGCGAAAAUCUCCCAGAGGUCUCCAUCUCAACGCCAGGACCCAGCUUCACUCAACAACCAGGAAGCUACAGUGCUGGACACCCUAUGCCAAACAACUAGCAAGACAGGAACACAGCCCCAUACAUUAGAGAGGCUGCCUAAAAUCAUAAUAAGGCCACAGACACCCCAAAACACACCACCAGACAUGGACCUGCCCACCAGAAAGACAAGAUCCAGCCUCAUCCACCAGAACACAGGCACUAGUCCCCUCCACCAGGAAACCUACACAACCCACUGAACCAACCUUAGCCACUGGGGACAGACACCAAAAACAACGGGAACUACGAACCUGCAGCCUGCAAAAAGGAGACCCCAAACCCAGUAAGAUAAGCAAAAUGAGAAGACAGAAAAACACACAGCAGAUGAAGGAGCAAGAUAAAAACCCACCAGACCUAACAAGUGAAGAGGAAAUAGGCAGUCUACCUGAAAAAGAAUUCAGAAUAAUGAUAGUAAAGAUGAUCCAAAAUCUUGGAAAUAGAAUAGAGAAAGUGCAAGAAACAUUUAACAAGGACCUAGAAGAACUAAAGAGGAAACAAGCAACGAUGAACAGCACAAUAAAUGAAAUAUUGAAUUUGGUUUGGGCCCAAUCCACAUUAACCCUGCGGAUCAAUCAAACUCCACAUACUUAACAAAAGCAGGAAAGUACAGUAAUUAGCUGUAUAGUGAUUUUUCAGUAAUCAGUUUCCAGUUUUUAAGACUUUAUAAGCUUUAUUUAAUGCCAGUUUUAAAAUAGAUUAAGUCAAGCCUGUCCCACUAGUGAAAGAAAAAGGAAUGGUAUCGUUCAAAUUUUAAACAAAAAUAAGUGAAAAUUAUUUAUUUGUUUGAACAUGUUAAUUUCUUCUAGAGGCCUUUUUGUAAACUGUUAACAGUAAACCUGAGAGUUACGUUGGAGUUUCUUCUUUGGGUAUUUGCCUACAUAUACGUUUAAUUUGAAUAGUCUUAUUUUUAUUUUCAGGAAAAAAAAACGUAAUAUUUUAAAAUUUCAUUUAUCUCAUCACAAAAAUAAUCAUAGUACUUUGCUUUAAAACUGGAUGAACAAGAUCAGAAGAAAUUAAAUGAGCGGGCUUCAUAUAAAAGAGUACGUUUUAGUUAUUUAUUGCUGUGGUUAGCAAACCACUCCAAAACUUAGUGCCUUGAAGUCAAAAAUCAUGUAGGUUUACUUGUCUGUGUUUCUGCAGUCUGGACUGGACUUACAUACUAGUUCUGCUCCUAGGGUUUUUCAUGCUGCUGCAGUUGUGUGGAGGCUUGACUCACAUGGCAGCAUCUCAGUGGAAGAGUCUGGUUGGGCGAGGGGCCGCAUGAGCCUUUCUCCAUGUAGAUCCUCACCUUUCAGUGUCCACCACGGUCAUUUCUCUAAUUUAACACAUACUGAGUAUUUGAUUAGCCUUGUUGUCCUUAUUAUUAUGUUGUUUCUGUGGGGAAAAGCCAAAUUAUAUUACUUUAUUUUUACUAAUAUCGUGUUUUCCAGGAAAAAUAGUGACCUACCAUAAGUUUAAGAGUGUCUGAUAUUGGAAAUGGUUUCUUAUUUGCCAUGGCUUAAGACUGUAUAAUCAAUUGUUAUGUAAU